AUGCCUCAGCCGGUCUUUUUCUUCAAGGCAGAUGCCGAGUUCGGCUUUUUGUGCCAGUGGUACCGUGGUUACUUCGUUCACGAGGGAAUUACGUUCAACUGUGCCGAGCAGUGGAUGAUGUGGAGAAAGGCGAAAAUUGCCGGUGACGAGGCAACUGCGAGUAGUAUCCUCAAGACCAAGGAUCCGCGCAUGCAGAAGAGCUGGGGCCGAAAGGUGAAGGGGUUUGAUGAACAGAAGUGGGAUGGGAUUAAGCGUAAUAUUGUAGAGGAAGGAAACUACAUGAAGUUUACGCAGAAUGAGAACUUGAAAAAAUUACUGUUGGACACGGGCGAGAGGGAGCUGGUUGAGGCUUCUAGAUUUGAUCGCGUGUGGGGAAUCGGAUAUUCGGCCGCUAAUGCUUUGUACGUGGAGAAGGAGGAGUGGGGGCAGAAUCUACUCGGAAAGGCGUUGAUGAGGGUGAGGGAGCGCAUACGUGAGGAGUUGAAUGUACAAGAAGCUGGCUGA